ACUGCCUUCCACUUGGAUCCUUCGUUUUCUGGGCGACUAAUCUCCCGAAAUAGCACUUCUGCCCUUAACACUUGAGUUGGGGUUGCCAGAGGGAACACAAUAUUUACCUCCGGCACUGACACAAAGUAUAACGCCACAGGGAACAUAAAUAAAGGAGGGCAUAGGGAUGAUUGAUGCAUCCAUGGGAAGGGGAGAGACAGCUGCGCUCUCUGCAGAUUAAAUCAAACAGCUAUGGGUUGUGCCUGAAGGAGGGGGACCUGCUGCAUGUACUAUUGAUUCAGCUAAGCAGGAAAGGAUUGUGUCUGCUAUAAUGUCUGGGGUUGCUGUGAAGGGGAUUUUUCAUACCUUUCCCUUUUAAUUGCUCUUCAGUGCUGUUUUCUGCAGAUCCCUGAAGCUCAGAGGCCACAGUAUCUUUCUCUUUAGCAGCACAACCUCUUCCUUUCUCUGGUCCUGCUGGAACAGAUAUCAUCAAACAUGCUGAUUUUCUCGUAAAAUUGAAGAAUUCUUGUUGCCUGUCAGAGUUAGUAGUAUAUUUAACAAACAGAUGUGUAAAAAAUCCAGUUAUGGAUCUCCAUCAGUAUUAAUUGAUACAAAUAAUGGAAGCAUUGGAAGUAGACAUUAGUCCUGCAUUAGAGGUUACAGAGGACUUUUUUAACUCUUUCGAUAAGCUGGAAAAUGGGGUCCAUCAGUCUCAUGUUUUUGGAAUUCACCAAGUCCCUGAAUUCUUGGGAAAUGAGAUAUCCAAUAAACUCAAAGAAGAAGCCGAUGGACAGAAUGCCAAUACGUCCCAAAGGAGCAUCAUUUGGGAGAGAUGCAAAAGUAGUUUAUUUGAAGCCAAAACAAGGAAUGGAAUCCAUGCCAAAGAACAAAACGAGUCUUCUAAAAGGACAUAUACUGAUGAUCCUUUAUUAGCAGAAAAAGAUAAAGUUACUUCUACUUUUAAUCUGUUUCAGUCAUGUAGCCGAAGGCUAGAAAGACCUCAUUCAGUCAAUGACUCUUUAGAUCAUCUUCAAGAUGCUCCAAAAUUUAAACCAGGACAUAACAGAUCUCGGUCAGAUGUUAGUCAUAUUGACUGGAAAAACAUUUACAAGCCAGCCCCCUUGCAACGAUCAUCAAGCCAGGGCGUGCAUUGCACAAGUCCUUUUUCUGUAUCCAGAAACAAUAAUAUGGUAGCAAAUAAUGAAGUAAGAUCCUCAUUCACAAAUAUUCUCAAGAAGGGAUUCCUGGAAAUUCGAAUUACACCGGAGAGCUUUUGGAAAGGUUGUUAUGCUGAGAUAUCCCAAUACAAGCUGCACUUAUAUGUUAGUGAUUGUAGCGCCAACCAUAAUGCCAUUGAUACAUAUCAUCUCUCUCAAAUUGAAAGCAUCACUAUCACUGGAAGCCAUGAAACUAAACUUGUUAAUGUUACAAUGACAGAUGACAGAUAUUUGCAGCUAAAGGCAGAUUCUGCAUGGGAGACAAUAGACUGGGGUCAAAAGUUAUGGGAAGCAAUAUGUGCCUUGAAUCUUGUUCCUAACUACAGAAGUAUUCAUCAGGACAUCUUGAAAAGACAAAAUAACUUUCCAGAUAGUAUUAGGGAUUGCGUGGAAAAUAAUGCCAACAAGCUCACUCCUAGUGCCAUGAAUGUCUCGAAUGGAAAUCAGAAAAGCAUCAUAAAGACUGGAACAUUAUAUAGAUUAACAAUUCAGAGUAACUGGAAAGCUUUUACCUUUGUGCUUUCUAAUUCCCAUUUUGCAGCAUAUCAGCCUAGUUGCCUAGAUGAAGAUCCAUUGCUCAGCUACAAUAUAGGUGCAUGUAUAGCUGUUCAGAUGGAUAAGCUUGAUGGAUAUGAUUCUUGUUUUCAAGUCAUUUUUCCACAAGAUGUUCUUCGGCUUAGGACUGAGACACGGCAAAGGGCCCAGGAAUGGAUGGAUGCCAUAAUAUCUGCUGCUAAUUCUGCAAGGAAAUCUGAUCAGAGCCUACUAGUGCCUCUCAGAAAAAAGUCCAAAGAAAAUCUGUCAGCAAAAGAGUUUCAAAGAAGCAAGCGCCAGUCAGUGACCACUAGCUUUCUUAGUCUCUUGACAUCACUAGCUUUGGAGAGAGGCCUCACUGCUCAGAGCUUCAAUUGUGCAGGUUGCCAGAGGCCUAUAGGCCUCUCCAAUGAAAAAGCCAAAGUGUGCAGUUACAGUGGGUGGUAUUAUUGUAGCACUUGUCAUGUGGACGAUGGCUUCAUUAUUCCUGCCCGUCUUAUACACAACUGGGAUACUUCUAAGCACAAGGUAUCCAAGCAAGCAAAAGAGUUUUUGGAGUAUGUGUAUGAAGAGCCAUUGAUUGAUGUGCAUCAAGAAAAUCCAUUGCUUUACAGACAUGUGGAUGCGUUGGCACAUGUUGUGCGUCUUAGACAGCAGCUUAAGUCCCUUCGAGCCUACCUUUUCAGCUGUCGAGCAGUAGUAGCUGAAGAUCUUCGAAGGAGAAUUUUCCCAAGGGAAUAUCUCUUUCAGCAGAUCCACCUAUAUUCUCUUUCAGACCUUCAACAGGUUGUUGAAGGCAAGCUUGCUCCAUUUCUAUUGAAGAUAAUCAAGUUUGCCACAUCUCAUGUAUACAGUUGCAGUCUUUGUAGCCAAAAGGGAUUCAUUUGUGAGAUCUGCAAUAAUGGAGAGAUUCUCUAUCCCUUUGAGGAGAACACUACAAGCAGGUGUGAAAAUUGUAGCGCAGUUUUCCAUUCAGAUUGCAAACUCAGAACUGUUCCUUGUCCCAAGUGUGCGCGCAAGGAGCUCCAGAAGAAGCAGAAGUCGUUUUGGCAGAAGCUGGAUAUGGACGGCAGCUUGGAUGAGGCCUGCAGCAUGUUUGAGCUCUCUUACUAGAGCACAUGAUGUUUGGACCUGGGUAGCCCCACUUGCUCUCUCCGACCCAGAUACUGGCUAAAUAAGCUGUUGCCCUAACCACAAACCAUUUCUAGUCCUAUAGUGAUACCUCUGCUAGUUUGUUUUUCUAAAGUACUGUUCUGAAGGAAUUAUUUAAAGUUGUUGACUACGCUUACAUUCUCCUUCCGCUAAUUACUUUUAUAUGAAUUCAGGCCUUGAAACUCAAUGGGCCAUACAGAAACUUUAAGGGGGCUGAUUUAUUAACGGUCGAGUGAUACCGUUUUUUCCCCUCGAAUGAACUCGAAUAGUAUCUAAUUUAAGAAAAAACUCAAACAAAUAUUACCGACCCAAAAACUAGAAUCGAAUUCAAAUGUCAGGAAGGCUAUUAACAUCUUCAAAUGGGUCACCGGACCUCUGCCAUUGACUUCUACAUGAACUUGGCAGGUUUUAGGUGGCAUACUAUAGAAUUCGAGCUGUUCCCAGGGUGCAGGUAUGAUAAAUCUUGAAUUUGAGUUUGGAUUAUUCCCAACUCGAAUUUGUGAGUUUUGACCAAAAUUCCACCUCCAAAAUUCAAAUUUGAAUUUACCAUUCAAACCUUAAUAAAUCUGCCUUUAAGUAUACACUUUAUUUAUAUUGUCAAUAACUGUUGCAACCUAUUUACCAGUGUCAUUAUUUCAGGUUUGUUUCUGAAAUGUAGGGCUGGCCAGCAGGUCUCUUAUUCAGCCCAUAACGCUAAUGGCAUACUGCACAUUCCUACUACCACAAUCCUCUCAUAGACAGCCAUGAAGGAAACAAUGCCCUUUCCUUUCUUCCAACCAAUUCACACUUAUUUGAAUGGAGAAACACUUCACUUAUAGCAGACAUGGGAUUUAGAAGACACUGGACCAAGUAAUCUCUACUUGACAGCACCAGUAUCUGCCAUAGGUAGUGCUUUUUCCACUAGGUGCAUGCCUUACCUCAUGGCUUAUGCUUUAGCGAGCUGCUCAUUUGUGCUAACAAAACAGAAAUGAAAUGUCACCCUUUUUAGUCAGUGCAAAAGGUUUCAUUUGCAAAGUGUAAGAUGCUACAGCCCCUAUGUUGCGUUUUGCAAGAAAGCGUCAAACUGUAUAUUGGCGCUGCAAAAUAUAUUGCGCUAUGUAAAUACAGGAUAAAUAAUAGUAAUAAAUGAGGUAGGCAUAAGCAGAAAUUUCAACCAAGUAUAAAAUAAUGUGCACUCACUUGUUUAUGUCGAUAAUUAUUGCCAGCUUUGUGAUAUUGUGUUUGCACACAGUUUGUACAGAUGCCAUGUUGGUAAGCAAUGCUCACCGGGCUCUUCCAUAUAAACACACACAACAAUUUGUGAUUUCACCUGACUGGUGAUGUUUCACAUGCCAGAAUUGUUGUUGUUUUUAAAUAAGAACAGCUCUGGUCCUGUGUGUGCUAGCUACACAGGAGUGCAACACAAUGACAACGCAACCAUAAAAAUACCUAAAAAUAAUAAUUGAACACUGCAUGUAUAACAACUAUUAGUGACUAGGGAUUAGUUUAUACACUUAGUUACCCAGAUGUAAAUGCUAUAAUUAGACCUGUUAAAGGAAACGUGCCUCCCCAGCCCAGAGUACUGUAAAACCUAUAGGGAUGGGUUGGGGGGGUCUUCUUUUAAACAUUUGAUUUUAGAUGAUAUCACAUUCCAUCUUUACAUUCCUUACUAGUGAUAGUAACAUGAUAGUAUAAAUUAUAAGGACUGUACUGCAUUACCAUUUUACAGCCCCAGUUCCCGAUACCUGUAUAUGAAGAAUUUUCCCUUAAAAGACUAGAAGUAUACAUUUUCUUUUCCAGUUGCAGGGAUAUUUGCAUAAUUCGGGUCUCCAUACCUUAAGUCUACUAAAAAUCAUUUACACAUUAAAUAAACCCAGUGAGAUUGUUUUGCCACCAAUCAGUUUAAACAAUUCUAGUUUUACUGCAUGACCAUUGUUACAUGUAUCGACCUGCAAUCAAUUUGCAGUCAGUAUGUCCGGAAACAAAUUUCAGUCUCUGACAGCAGAAUCAUUAGUGAUGGGACAUCUCCUCUUUUUUGGUCUAUGCAAUUUGGUCAUCCAUUUUUGUCUGGUCAAAUUGUAAAAUGUCCAACCUUUUAGCAAGUGGGUCUUUUGGACACACAAUCCACAUAUGUCUAACCACCUCAUGCUAUGUUAUUAUCAUUUAUGGCCUGUUAAGCAAAAUGUGUUAAUAACUAAAGCCAUAUGAUCUUUUCCAUUUAGUAUUUACAAUUGUUAUGGUUGGUGAUGUUUUUGUUCUUGGUUCAGGCCAGACUGUUUGUAUUUAUUGAUUUAAAUGGUACUGCAUAAAUAAAAAUGUAAAUUUUA